UGCAACAGCUAAACGGCAACAACAAGUGUUCAAUAACUAACCUUAAUUCCCCGUCUACGUAAACUCGUCAUCUCAACAUGUUGAGCAGCCGGAGCCCCCCAACGUAUAAGCAGCUCGCCGCAGGACGGCAGGGGGGCUCCGCCAGUAGCUCAUCGCUCAGCUCCAGUGCCAACUCCUGCAGCAACAGUUCCCUCAGUGGCCACCACUAUCAGCAGGCCUAUCUGGGCCACUCGCAUGCCUGCUACCAUCAUCAACAGCAACAACAACAACAGCAAACAUCCAAGCAGCAACCACAUAUACACGGCAGUCGCACCUCAUUAACCCCCAGCAUGAAGCGCGGCAAACGGAAUUGGGGCAGCCGCGAGAGAUCCAGCAUGAGCUUUCUCAUUGUCAUACUCUUCUUUGCUGUCUUCGGUCUGAUUAUAUUGACUGAGGUUUUCAUGAUCGACGAGCGUUCACCGCAUAGCAGCAUGUUGGCCAUGAGAGCGGGCGGUGGUGGCGGCGCCAUUUUGGGUGGUCGCAUGGGCGACUCGAUGCCGGAUUAUGAUAAUGUUAAGGACGACUACGAUCUAUUGGAUGAAAGCGUUUUGAGUGAUAAUAAAUUAGGUUUUGUACAGCUGCGUGACAAUAAGCUUAAAAUUCAAGAAGCCGCCGGCGUCGAUGGACAACGUUAUGCUGGCAUGCUGCUCAAUAGUGUCAUUGGAACGGGCACGAACACAGGCAUGGGUACUGGAGCGGGUGCGGGUGCGUUUGGAGUUGCUGUUGGUAGUCUGGGUGUGCCAUUGAUACCUGGACAAUUGCUGCCCAGCAAAGUGGAGGAGACAUUGCCGCAUUUUCCCUUUGGCACGCCGCCCGGCGAUGGCGCCUGGCAGGUUGUCAAUGGCACACGCUUUAAGUUCUUUGUCUACUCGGCCUAUUUCGAUAGACGUGAUGGAGCACGACUGGUGCGCGUAAUUGGCGCCACUAAAACACGUGGACCAGAGCGUGUCUGGUGCAGAUUCUGGUAUGGACCGAUGCCAGCCAAUGCCAGCGAGCGUGCCAAAUAUACGUCGGGAACGGUAUUGGCGCGUGUUAAGAUCAUACGCGAGAAUUGGAAUUUAAAGUACAGCGCCUGCUUUGUGCUCUGUCCAGUGCGUGGUCCGGAUAUGCAAGUGCCCCAAUAUGUCAGCAUUGUUGCCAAGCUGCGCGCGCCACCCGGCAAUUUGUUAAAGCUACGCAAUACCGAUCUGGAUGAGGAUUUUGCGCCGCCCACAAUCCACAACAGCACAAGCAGCCGCUCGUCCCUGCCACAUGCAACCGCUGCACGUGCUCAUGCGCCACCAAGUGGCGAGCAAAUACCCGAUCGCAUGGCCAUAUGCGUAAAGCCCUUUCACUUUAGCUACGACCAGGCCCUGUAUCUUAUGGAGUACUUGGAGUUUUAUGCGCUGUUGGGUGUCUCGCAUUUUACGUUCUAUAAUCAUACGUUGGGACCACAUGCCUCGUGCGUGCUGCAGAGCUAUCAAAAUGGUCAAGUGCCGGGUAAUCUAACCGCCUUCGAUUGGGAGCCGCUGCUUUCCUCUGAGAUAGCACAGAAUAUGACGCCACGCGUGCUCAAGUCGCCUAACUACCAAAGACCCACGGUGAGCAUAUUGCCCUGGAAUUUACGCAUGCGUUCGCAAAAGGAAAUACGCACCGAAGGACUCUUUGCAGCGCUAAAUGAUUGUCUAUAUCGCACAAUGUAUCGCUAUAAGUAUCUAGCGCUGGUGGAUCUUGAUGAGUUUAUAGUGCCACGCUUUACAGAUACGCUGAAUGAGCUAUUAAGCUCUUUGAAUCAGCGUUUUCGCAAUCGCAAUACGGGCGCCUAUUCCUUUCAGAACGCUUUCUACUAUUUGCAGUUUGCUGAUGACAAUUUGGCUAGCUCUGGCGUAGAUGUUGGCAAUGAGCAGCUGGGCAGCGUGCGCGCUUCCUUGGUUACCCAACGCAAGACACGCAGACGUUAUAAGCUACAUCCACAGAAGCAGCGCUCCAAGUAUAUAUGCAAGCCGGAAGCUGUUGUCGAAGCGGGCAAUCAUUUUGUUUGGGAGUUUGCGCCAGGCAAAGGCUCGCUGAAUGUCCCGCCCAAGGAUGCCAUGCUGCAGCAUUAUAGAGUCUGUGAAUUCGGUGGCAACGACUGCAUUAAGGCGCCCUCAAUUGUCGAUCGCACCACAACCAAAUAUGUAAAUCGUCUGGUGCAGCGUGUGGAUGCAGUCUAUCGCCAUUUGCGUCAGCGCUGCGACCUGCCCGCAUUGCCCAGGCUGCCAAAACGCACGAAUAGUGUCCAAAGCGAAAAGGAACAGCAACAGAAAAACAACGAGAAAUUAAAGUUACUACAGAAAAUGCGCGAAUUGAAUGCACAACAGCCAAGCACAAAGACAGCAACAGCAACAAGCGCUACAACGAAGCCCAAGAUAACCACGACUAUGAUAAAAACCACAACGAGAAGGACUACAACAACGACAACAACAUCACGUAAGCAGAUGCUACAGCUCUUAGCCAAGCCGGUGAGCAGCACUCAGGCACCGCCGCCAGCGAAUGUGCGCAAGAAACGCAAAAUGAUUGUGUUUGAGACAAACGAUAUAGGGGCGCCCAUAGCUCGCGUAGAAUAUCACUAAACAAAAUCAUGCAAAUGUUAAUGAGACAAGCAGAGAGCGUAGGAGCAGCAAACUCAAAGCUAAACUUAAUCUUAGGAUAAACGUUUUGUGUGAAUUGUGUUUAGUGCCAAUCAGUUUGAUAGAGCGAGAGCGCAAACAAAUCAUUAUCAGUGCAUUUUGAUUUAGAGUUCAGUUAUUAGGUUGUGUGCUUUAGAUCAAUUGUUUGGUUGUGGCAAUGGCAAUGACUUUUUGCUCAAGAUCAAAAAUCAAAAUGUAACUCGAUUAGCAACGCAGCAAUUUGCAAACAUUGUGAAAUUAUAUUAAGUUCUUAACUUAUCAUUAUAUUUGCAUUAAAUCGAAAGUAAAACUGCAGAUUAAUUGCUCAUAUUUUACAUUAAGCUUAAAUUAAUUUUUGGUCAACUGUUUUCGGAUCCUAAAAUGCAAACUGAUAAAAUUAAUUCCUAUGCAAAAUUCUAAAAAUUCCUAAAAACAAAAAAAUGUCAACUGUAAUCCUAAGUUUAGAUUUAAGUGUAGUCGCUCCCAAGUACUGUUAGUUGUAUGUACAGCCAUAAAGAGAGAGAGAGAGCAUUUUUUAAUUGCUAAUUUUUGUCAUUUGUUAACUGUCACGCUUAAGCAAAAAGAUACUCAGACUUAAUGCAUUUUAACUAGUUAGCAUUGUUUAGCUAGUUCCUUAAGCUCCAACGAAUUUUUAAUGCUUCAAAGUAUUGCAGCUUCAGGUAUUUUAUUUAUUUUUAGCUUCAAAACCUCACAAAACCAACCAGAAGGCAACAACUACUACAAAAUUAAACUGUAAACCAAAAAUUAAAAAGUAUUGCAUUAAAAUAAAGUGCUCAUUAGCUAAUAAGAUAAACGAUA